CUCUGGUAGAAUGCGCUUGUAGGCUGUUCGACGCGCAUGUUGGCGGCAGUUUGGGUUUUCAAACUCAUUGCCGGUCCUCCGCGGUUCGUACAUUCUCUGUGGGAAUCUUGGGUCUUGGUCGAUUGAAAAGUUUUGAGGUUAUGAUAAACUUAUUCUAAAAUCCGUCGUACUUUGUGCGGAUUAUUUCAUUAUAUUUAUCAAAAAUAGCGUAACAAUAGAACGAGUUAAGAGUAAAAUUUACGGAAUCUUUGAAAACACUUGAUUAUUUUUCCUGUAAAAAAUGGGUGACUUUCAUUCACCCAUGCGAUGUAUUUCUCCAAACGCAAGGAUUUUAACUCCAAAACCCCAAGUUCAACAAACGUUAGACCUUCGGCAAACUCAGACGAAGGCACGAAAUAGUAUUACGUGGUUUUUUGUUAAUGGCAGUCUCCUGGGCAUCAUAAUAUUCGAUAUAAUUUAUGGAGGUUUGGCAUACAAACCUUUUUUAUGGGUGGAAUGGUGCUUAGCAUUGAUAUUUGGCUUGAACGCACUUUACCACAUUGUGAGAUAUUCGCUGGCUACAUUGAGUCUCCAACCAAUAAUUCUGACUCCUUGCCAAAGACGUUUACUGGGUGUUAAUGAUGACGAUCCGUUGUUUCAAAAUGGUACUCCUUGUGCACCUAAACAGGCAGAACCUACAACACCUAUCAAUUUAACUUCUAUGAAUCUUAGCAGAAGAACAAACGUUCUAGGAUCACCAGGAAUUAACGAAAAUAGUUCGAGUCCUUUCUGUAAAUACAGUGAUACACCAUCGCCUCGGAACUUGAAUCUAUCACCAAACAAUUCUUAUCAGAAUCGUUCGUCAAACUCUUUAAUGAAUGGCAGCUUGAUAGGCGAAGGUUUGAUACAAGAUGAAGCAGAGUUGCAAUCUUAUCUGAAAGAAAUUGUUGAACGUGACCGGAAGUCAACUCAUUCAACCAACAUCGAUCAACCUUCAAAUUUGUUAAGCUCGUUUUGGUCACAUCCUGCCACAAGAAGUCCUACUGAAGUCUCACCAAUGUUGAAAAGAUGCGUUUAUCAGUUGGCACCGACUAUCGAUAAAACAAAAUCAACCAGUCCAGGAGCGGAAGAAGGCAAUUCCACAAGAGGAUAUUUCGGUACUCCCGAUGUUUGGCGAAAGUACAGAAUCGAUUCGAAUAAAGUGAAUCAAUGGACAGCGAAUCUUCGUAUGUGGAUCAGUAAAACCGUGGUCGAAAGGGUAGCUUUGGAAAUUGACAACGUUUGCACUUUAUUGACGCGUCAUGGAUUAAGCGAUUCCCAGCCAGGGCACGUGGGAUUAGAAAGGUUGCGAAAAUUGGCACAAUCGCAGUCUCUCGUUGUCGGAAUUCCAACACUACCGACUCUUGUAUCGUUUCUCGAAGUGUCCAACAACCAGGAUUAUCUUGUCAAAAGGAUAAAAGUAUUGGCAAAAGGUGGCUCGAUGAGCGAAUUCAAAUGGAAUAGCGGUGGUACUCACAAUGGAAAAGAAUGGGACAGCAGUUUGCCAACCGAUACAGCCAUAAUAAUGCAUUUGGUAUCGUCUUAUAUGGACACCCAAUUGGAAGCACCUCUUGAUCAACCAGACGCAAGAACAUUUACGUCACGAUACAUGGCGAAAACGGGUCAUGAACUGCCACGGAACAAAGGACCAAUAAUCGUGUGUCAAUCAAGCAACCCGCCUCACUAUUGCUUGGCUUUGACCGGUGAUUCGUUACCUGCUGACUACGAAGAAAUUCCACGAGGGCGAAACAACAUGUUUCACACACUCCUACUUUUUCUUCACAUCGUGAAAACUCGGGACCAUGGAAUGCUAGGGCGCGUUAAUUUAGGGAUGUCCGGCGUCAACGUUCUCUGGGUCAUCGAUGGUUGAUCAUCGGAUUAUGUAAACAAAUUCUUGAUUCAUCCAUUCCUUUGUACUGAUUGAAGUAUUUUUGUAUGAAAAUCGUUGAAAAUUGAUGGAAUUAGUGAAUGAUCAUGCGUUGUUUCGUAAAACAAACUAGCAUCAAAUUCAAACUGUUCGAUGCUCAACUCUAACUUCCAAUAUGAAUAAAAAGACAAUAUUUAUUUAAAAAUUC